CUCCAUUUGGAAUGAAAUCAGCAUUCGUUAUUAACACAGUUAGUUGAAUUCAGCCCUUGGCUAGAGGUUGCUAUACUUGUUUGUGCAACGAUAGCAAUAUUUCAGGUAUGUUGCUUGUGCCAUAAGCAUUAAGUUUUUGGGCCAUUCAUCAUUCUUCACUUCCUACUAUCACUUUCCGUCCAUUCCUGUCAUAUCCCCCAUACGUCAAUAUGAUAAAGGUCACAUCUCCGAAUUCUGUUCAACAUUUACCAAUGUCAAUGUGAUUCAAGGGGUUCAUAGUUCGCGACUACAUCUCUGCCAACAACAAGCAUUUCCUGCAACUUAAGAAGAAGGGAAUCACAGACAGUUUCUCAACAUUCUAGGUCAAUCACCCUUCGACACCAUCAAAGGACUUUUCGAUUCUACCUAGUAGUUUGUUGGCAUUCUACUCAUAAACAUGUCGUGGUUUUCCAUUCUUCCUGAAAGUCUGGCGUUUGUUGAAAUUUGGGCUAUGAAUACGUUUGUAUGUACACGUCCCAUUCCGGGGCACCGAAGUUAAUCUUUUACCAUAGUUUCUACUGGGCAUGAUAUGCAUAGGUCCUUGGCUGUUACUCCUUGUGUAUGACGUGGUUUUCUACAUAUUCCGCUUGAUAACUUACGAAAUACCCUAUGUUGGUGGACGAGCGAGGAAUAGACCACGACCGCGUGCGCCAAGCUUGAAUGAACGACCGAAUGGGCAAGGACGACCGCGGAUUUUGACAAUGCCUUCAGCAAAUGGUUCUAUCAAUGUGGCAGAGGUGAUAGAGGAAACAGCCGAAGGAGUGAAGAAGAGAAUGGAACAAGCAGGUCAGCCACGAAAGGACAGCGGCGCGAUUAUAGACGAUUGAAGCAGCACAAAACUUUUAUAGUAUUAUAGCAAUUAUUCAAGAAAGCCUUUCGAGGACCUUGAUCAGAUCACCUGUGACACCCAUUGCCGUCACGUCUCCUCCAGCACCAGCUCCCUGAAUGAUCAAGGGAUUGGACCCAUAUCGUUUUGUGUAGAAGCUGAUGAUGUUAUCGCUUCCUUUAAGUGCAGCGAUU